AUGCUUUCAAAUAUCUUCAAAUAUCUACUUGCGGCCAUCUAUAAGGUUCGAAAUCUUGGUGGUUUGCAAAGUACCUUCGUCUGUUCUGGCGUCCUCAUCGACAAGUCCUUCGUCAUAACGGCCGCGCACUGCGUCGUAGGACCCUCCAAGGACUUCACGGUGGUGCUUGGGGAGUACACAGUCGGGGGCGGAACCAGCAUUUUGGAGACACAGGUGACGGGCGUGAGCGACAUCCUCGUCUAUCCAGGUUACGAGCCGACAAACCCGCUGGUCCACGACAUCGCUCUGGUACAGCUGGACCGAGCCAUCGCCCUCGACAACUACCCUCAGAUCGGCUUGGCUUGCCUGCCUUAUCCGGACAUCCUGUACCGGAACACGGGGGCUUGGGACUGCUUCACCGUUGGCUGGAAUGGCAAAGCCGGGGCCCUCCAACGCGUAGAAUCGAGCAUUUUGUCGAAGCGUGAUUGUCGUAUCUACACGCGCGCCUACCACGAGUACCACGACUACAUGAGGAAGACUCCCUACGGCUACGGAACUUCAGGCUACGACAAGGUGCACGGCUACCACUAUGCGACGUAUCAGAAACACCACUACUUCAGUGGAGGCACUCCUGACCUCCUUUGCACCGAGUCUUUUGAAACCAAGGCUUGUGUGAACGACCCCGCGGCCGUGCUGGUGUGCCGCCACGCCGCUCUCCACGCCGACACCUUCUUCGGCUUCGGCAACCGCGGCUACCGCUACCACGCCCACCGCGGCCACAAGAGGACGAACGCGCGCAUCGUCAACGCGUACGGCCGCUACAGGUUCGACAGCGAGAAGUGGUACGUCAUGGGCCUCUCCCACAGCCUCUCGCCUUGUUCCGGUCAAGGACAAGUGAACUACAGAAAGGGAUACGGUUCUCAGAGGAAGGACAUUAGCGUGUUCACUCCCGUGCACGAGUAUCUUCCCUUCCUGCACGCGUAUCUGGAUGCCAAGAUUACGUCUGAGCAAAAGACAACGUAG